UUUAGAACAGUCCUGCUUCGUUCUCCCCUUUCACCCCACCCUCUCCCGCCCUCUCUCUCUCUCUCUCUCUCUCUCUCUCUCCCUGCGACGACUCGGCGAGCGGUGGCGCCCUUCGCAGGUCUUCGUCGGAGGCGAAGAACACCCGCUUGAGUCCGCCCCUGGUUACAGAAGCAGUGUACUUUGGCGAUGGAUGCUUGUGCGGGAUGUUGAGUUCUUGAUAGGAUGGAGGGAGAACGGACCGAAGGCGAUGAGCUGAUUGACGAUUAUGUCGAUUGCCUCAUGUCUCUGGACACCAACGCUCGGGCUGGCCCGAGCGAUGCUCUCAUUCUCGGUGCUCCUGUUGUGGAAGGGGCGGCUGGAGGCGGAACGGAGGCGGAUGCCAUGAGAGAUUUUGCUUCUGCUGAGGACCCCAAUGAGCCUGUGCUCGGCAUGACAUUCGAGUCUGACGAGGCUGCAAAGGCGUUCUACAAUGAGUAUGCCAGGCGGCUCGGUUUCCCCUUUCGUGUUGGCAGGUCUCGGCGCUCCAAGGGCACUGAGGAGGUAGUUGUCAUGAAGAGGUUCGUUUGCUCCAGGGAAGGGGUGUACAAGAAGAAACAGACCUCACCGGAUGAGGCUACAAGGAAGCGUGAGAGGAUGUCAAUGCGGGAAGGUUGCAAUGCUAUGAUGGAGGUGGUCAGGGAGUCAGACCAUUGGGUUGUCUCCAAGCUUGAGAAGGCACAUAAUCAUGACCUGGGCACUUGCAGUACCAAGGUUGGGUAUCUUCGUGCUAGAGGUUUGCUAGGUGGAUCUGAUAAGGUCACUAUGUUGGGACCUGACGACAUGGCAUUUCUUAGGCAGAAUGUUCUUGGGGAAGGAGGAGAUGCUCAAGGCCUUAUUGAUUAUCUCAAGAAGGCACAAGCCAAUGACCCUGCUUUCUCCCAUGCCAUACAGGUUGACAAGAACGGCUGUGUGGUGAAUGUUUUCUGGGCUGAUGCUAGGGCCAAAGCAGCUUAUCGGCAUUUUGGGGAUGCUGUUACAUUCGACACGUCGUACAAAAAGAACAAGUACAUGAUGCCCUUUGUUACUUUCUCAGGAGUCAACCAUCAUCUGCAGCCUGUUAUUUUUGGAUGUGCAUUGCUUAUGGAGGAGACUGAGUUCUCGUUUGUUUGGCUAUUUGAAACAUGGCUAUCAGCAAUGGGAGGGAAGGCGCCAUGCUCACUAGUCACUGACCAAAACAGGGCCAUGAAGGCUGCAAUUGUGAAGGUUUUUCCGAAUUCCUGUCACCGUUUCUGUAAGUGGAAUAUUUUGAGUAGAACCAAACAAAAGCUGACCCAUGUAUACACAGAGCAUCCAACCCUAAGAUAUGAACUUGAAAGCUGUGUUCUCGAGUCUGAAACUAUUGCCACAUUUGAAACAAAAUGGGCGUCGAUCAUUGAUAAAUAUGACUUGAGAAAGAAUUCAUGGCUUCAAGCAAUAUACAACAUCCGCCAAAAGUGGGUUCCUUUGUACUUGAUGGAUACAUUCUUUGCAGAAAUUGCGCCCACAUGGAAAUUGGAAUCCAUGAGUGAUUUCUAUAGGAAAUAUUUUAAUACAAAAACAACACUGGAAGUUUUUCUUAAUCAGUUCAAUUUGAGCAUGGCAAGCCAAUAUGAGGAUGAAGCAAAAGCUGAUAUGGACACCUACUUGAACAAGGCAACUACAAAAACUGCAUCCCUAAUAGAGAAACAGGCAGCAAGCACCUAUACCAAAGCAAUCUUCAGUAAAUUUCAGGAGGAGUUCACAGAGUCUCUGGGUUUUAUUAUUCAGAAAACUGGUGAUGGUUGUAUAAGCAAAUACACAAUCAGGAAAGAUGAAGAUCCAACCGAAACAUUCUACGUGACUUAUAAUGCUUCGAAUAAGAUGGCAAAAUGUAGUUGCAAAUAUUUUGAACUCUCAGGUAUUUUGUGCCGUCAUAUUCUUGGAGUAUACAUAAUAGUUGAUCCACGUACACUUCCUCCUGAUUACUUUUUGAGAAGAUGGACAAGGAAAGCCAGAGAUGAUGAUGCUUUGUUGGAAGAUUACAACAAUUAUCAUGAUGAGGAUCCUUCUGAGUCCAUUACUAGCCGUUACAAUGUUUUAUGUGUUGAUGCCAUUAGAUGUGCUGAGAAAGGAGCUGGAUCAGAGGAAGUCUACAAAGCAACAAAAGAUAUCUUACAGAAGGCAUAUCAAGAGAUUAUUGCUUAUGAAAGAAAUCCUGGUCGGGGUUCACAAAGGGAUGACAUUAACAUCAAUGAGGAUGUCACAAUAGAUGAUGCAAUGAAUGAUCAAUCUAUGCCAGAUUCUGGACGGAAGGUGACUAAUCUACUAGGCCAGUUUCUUGAUUCCUCUUGGUCUCCAGUCUGAUAUUUUUCUUAUCAUAUCUUUGGAGAUGAAAAUGCAAUUUACCAGCAUUAUCAUCCGUCAUGAUUGGCAUGUAAUUUCUAUUUUGAAUUGGGUAGAGGAAAACAGCAUGUGGACUUUUCAACAUGAAAUGGAUGUCGCUGACAUAGGAUGUCCGCCUGAUUGUAGGAAAUAAGGACAAUUUUGUUUGAAGAUGCCAGAUCAUUUCUGAAUGUAAUGAAGUCUUUGUUGCGUCAAUACUCAAUAGGCUGUAUGGUGCUGCCUGUAUGUCUGAAGCUGCUGAAGGUGAGUAUGUGAACACCGAAUUAUUUGCUACUCAGGUUUUAGAUUUCUUUUCAUAAAAAGUACAUCCGUUGUGGUCCCUCAAACUCGUCCUAUGGUUUAGUUUCCUUCUGUCAAUCACUCAUGUGCAACCCUAUUCCUCACAUAUCCCCCAAAACAUCGAAACCAGUGUAGAUUACAUAACAAGGCCGAGUUGGUGUUUUUGAAUGAUCUUUCAGCCAUGUUAAUAAUCAUACCAUCAACUUGCACCCACAUGCCAGGAACACUUUAUUCCUCCCCUACCCCAACAGACCAGAGCAACACGUGAAUGGUAUAUGCAAAAUACACAUGCAAAAGAACAAUAAGCACAGAACAAACGGUUAAUACUGAUAAUUAAACUGUCUAUUUGCACAGAGAUAUAAAAGUAAAAUAAUGCCUUAGAUUUGUUUAGUACAAUGUGACUCGCUAAUAUACCUCUGACAUGUGAAAACUUCAUUUACAUUUAUGUACUGAGUAUCAAGUAGUACCAACAACAUGAGCUAGCUUAUGUGGGCAACAUGAGAAUGAAAAAAACGAGGAUUCAAGCAGCAUAUAUGUGGUGGCACAAGUGCUAAGUGGUCCAUUUAGGACUCAAACACCUAGCAUAGUUGCUCACCCUUCAAGGAGGGUGGUGCUUAUGCUUCAGGCAAAGCAGCAAUCUAAGCAUGCAUUUUAUAUAUAGUGACCUUAGGACAUGGUUUGCGUAAUUUUGACAGUUGGAGCUAUCCGGUUUUGCAGCAGCUGCUGGAGAAAAUGAGAGACCUUGGAUAGAUUUUUCCUUUGAUAAAUGCAAAAUUUCCCACUUAUACUAUUACUAUCUCUUUCCAUUAACGUAGGGCGUAUUUUUUGUAGAGAAGUCUUCAAAAGUAGAUUUUUGACAUUUAAUUUCUUUUGCAAUAUAUUGUCAGUUGCUACAGAAUUAACAUCAUCUUAGAUGUCCCUGAAAUGAGAACCUGUUGACUAAUCUUUGUACAAGAAACACACAUAAUUUGACUAAUCUUUGGUCAAAAGUUGCAAAGAUGAAACCAAAAACUAAUAUAUUUUCUUUGGGAAAAAGGGCAGAAUAUUUCUCAAAGAGAUGCUAUUUGUUUUCAUUAAUUCAGUGUUUACGAAAGAUAGUCUUCAUAGGCACAUCUUAGAGGCAGGGAAGUUCUUGCUUUGGUGCUGAAGAGAAAAGGUAGCACUGGUCUUGUUGAGGAGAACUUUUGAUAUCUUUAGUCUACUCUAAUCAUGUUGCCAAACCGUUUUUUAAUUAGGUCAGAGCUGCUGGAGAUUUGUUUUCCUGAUGAAAGGUUUCUAAAAAAAUUGCAACACAAUUAUAUUUUAUCUAUGUCGGAGCUUGGUCCAUUGAAUCCUGCUGAGUCUAUUGUGAUGCCUCGCAGGAUGACGAGGCAACACAAGGUUUGAACAUUGCAGGACUGCCCAGAAAGAGCGAGAAUGCUACUUGACCCCAACAGAGAUGUGCCGGGUGGCAUCUAGCCACACCCUGUCCAACUUCAAUGGACACCAGCCUAGCCUUAGAUGCCAAUGGAAACUGAGUUCUGGUGGAGGCAAGGACCUGUGAUGAUAAAUGUAGAAGCAGCAUCUGCAAAUAAGUAUACCAGCGCAAAAUAUGUCGCUGUUAUCUUAUUGAUAAUUGAGAUUCGGAGAUUUCUUGUUCGGACUUUGAUAACUCCAAAGGGAAUCAAGUGUGAUUACAGGAAAUGUAUCAGUAAAACCCAGAUAAACCAUCAAAAUUCAUCUUCAUGACA